GGUAAUAUUGAUUGACACCAUUAAAGUAUGUGUUCUUUGGAAUUUACUUAUGUUAACGUUCUUUUUGUUUGCUGUGUAGAUCAAGCUUCUAUUCAAAAUGUCGUCAACACUACUAAGAUAUUAAUAAAUCCUGAUAUCCCUGAGGCUAUUGAAUUUAGGAAUAGCAUUGCUGUCCAUGGCAUUGAGGUGGAAACAAAAGUACCUGUUAUCGGUGGAAGUGCUAAACCUUCAAUGGAUGAAGAUUUUCUGCGUAUGUAUCCCAGAAAGAAAGUGUCCGAGCUUGCUGAUAUGGAAGAAGAUGGUAUCUUCGCUGUCUAUGGGGUUGUUACCUCAAUUGUCGAAGGGGAGGAUUGGUGGUAUCCCGCGUGUAAGUGCCAUAGAUCUGUCGUUCCUGAUUCUGGGCCAUACUUUUGCAAUGGAUGCUCCAAACACGUGUUUCACAUUGUGCCAAGGUUCAAAACGAAGGUCGAAGUCUCUGAUGGUGAUGCUGCUUCUGUGUUUGUUAUAUUUGAUUCAAACAUGAGUUAUAUCAUGGAGAAAUUGUGUGCUGAUUUUGUUGGAAAAGCAAAGGAAUAUUUCAUUGUUAUAAGUCUUCCUAUGCCUAAUGAUUUAUAGUUGUGAUGUUGAAAUCUUCUCCUGCGCAGGUAUGCAAUGAUAAGUCACACCCUGCUGAAUUUCAGGGACUGGUUGGUAAGAUGUUAUUUAUCAUUGAGAAGGGAAUGAAGCAUAUGAAAAUCUUUGACGGGGCCUUUAGGGUUAAAUGUGUGUGCUCCGAUUCUAAAAUUAUUGAGACUUUUUGUGUUAAAGGCCCAUGUUUUACUCCCAUUAAGGUAAACCAUGUUUGAGUUAAUUUUGUAAAUUUAGAUAUGCUAUCAUGUGUUUGUCUCUGUUCAUAUUCUGUUAUUAUAAGCUGAUAUUCGUUGUUAUUGUAGACUAUGUCGGAAGUUAUUGAUGUUGACACCGACAAUAGUGAUGAUGAAUUCGUGGAAGAUUCUCAACCUCUUGCAUUUGAUGGAGUUAUCAUUGCAUAAGUACGUGUUGUUUGGAAUUUACUUAUAUUAACGUUAAGAGGAACUUGUCGGACGCGUUUGAUGGAGUUGCCAAGCUUGAGGGCAUUAAAACCUUGAAGCGCGUUAAAAUUGAGAAAGAAUAGUGAAAAUUGCUUUUUAGACCCUCCUAUUAUACUUCCAGGCCCCCCGUCUUGACCAAUUUGCCCUUAAAAACCAUUUUGGUACCUGCAAUACGAAACAAGACUAUUUUGGUACGUAACUACCGAAAUGGUGGAAACGCUACAAAAAAAUAACGUGAUUAAUUGCGGGGAUUUUAAACCUAUUUUGGGGGGUUCUAUGUCAUACUUGCGGGGGUUUUAAGCAACUGUGGUAUGUUGUGUUCUUACUGCACUAAUUUUGAGGAGGUUCCAAACCCCCGCAAAAGAUGCAAAAUAAAUCAAACAUUCUCCAGCACUAGAUUAGCGCUAGAUGUGGAAACAUAAAA